AUGCACCCACCUUUGCGCAUAUAUAUAAAAUAUAUAUACACGCCGAAUAAGUGAUCAACAUUACUGAAAUUAGAAUUGUCCUGAUUCCUCCUACUAUGAAUAUCUUUCACCUUUUGAUUUGAAUCUUCACUGGUAUUUUCAGUGGGACCAAGACUGCCUAUUAGUUUAUUUAGCCCAUACCUGCGUUCGAACUCCUUAAAUAACAUUGAAUUAAAUCGCCAUUUUCCAUCCUAUAUGAAUCUUGACCGAUCCUCUCAAGUAGUCAGUAGUCACAACAAGAACUCCACUUUGAUAUCUCUUGAUCAGCCUGCUAUUUCACCCUUCGUAUAAUGGACAGGAGGAUAUGCAAAUGCAAGUGGUGCGGCAUGAUUAUAGCAGCUCCCAUUGGAGCACAAACAAUCACCUGUCCAAGGUGUCAAUCUGUUACACAACUUCAACCUCCAAGAAACAACAGCUUUGCUAAUUUCCCCACUCCCAAUAACAAUAUGAGACCAGAAUUUCCAGCUUUUCCUGCUAGGCCCGGAAGGAUGAGUCCAAAUCCUAAUAAUUUCCCUACUGCCAAUAACAAUAUGAACCCAGAAUUUCCAGCUUAUCCUGCCAGGCCAGGAAGGAUGAAUCCAAAUGCCAAUAGUAGUAAUUUCCCCACUGCCGAUAAUAAUAUGAGCCCAGGAUCUCCAGCUUACCCUGCAAGGCCAGGAAGGAUAAAUCCAAAUGGUAAUAGCAAUAAUUUCCCCACUGCCGAUGACAAUAUGAGUCCAGGAUUUCCAGCUUAUCCUGCAAGGCCAAGAAGGAUGAGUCCAAAUACUAACAAUAUCCAGCCUCAACAAUUCAACAUUAUGUCACCACAGAUUAAUAAUAUCCGAGCUCCUACAGUGCAUGGACGAAAACGAGCAGUUCUGUGCGGAAUUAAUUACCGUGGCCAUCCGAAGAGUCUGAAGGGAAGCAUUAAUGAUGUCUUAUCCAUGAGAUAUUUUCUGGUCAACAAGUUGGGAUUCCCAAAUGCAUCAGUAAUUUUCCUUACAGAGGAUGAGAAAGAUCCAUACAAAUACCCAACCAAGGCCAAUAUCAGAUCAGCCUUACGUUGGCUUGUUCAUGGUUGUCGGCCAGGAGAUUCACUAGUGUUCCACUACUCUGGUCAUGGGGCACGAGUACGAGACCGUGAUGGUGAUGAGAUUGAUGGGCAUGAUGAAUCAUUGUGCCCUGUUGAUUAUGAGACAGAAGGAAGAAUACUAGAUGAUGAGAUCAACAGUACCAUUGUAAGGCCUUUACCAUGUGGAGCCACACUUCAUGGUAUAAUUGAUGCAUGCUUUAGUGGAACUUCCCUAGAUUUGCCCUUCGUUUGCAGAAUAAACCGGGCAGGAUACUUUAAGUGGGAAGACCAUCGGAUCAGCUCAUACAAAGGUACCAGAGGGGGCACAGCAAUCUCUAUCAGUGCCUGUGACGACCAUCAAAGUUCUGGAGAUACAACGGCAUUCACAGGCGUUCCAAUGGGUGCACUGACUUAUAGUUUCAUCCAAACGUUGGAGCAAGAAACUAAAUUGAGUUACGGACGCUUAAUUAUGCGUAUGCACAAUAAGAUUGAUGAAGCACAGAAAAGACUAGGCCUUAAUGGUGCAAAUGAAACUCAGGUGCGCUUCUACAAGAUUGUCAAAAAAAAACUUCAGUGCAGUAUUGCAUCAUUGUCGUACUUGUCUAAUGCAUUUUAUUGGUCUUGACCAGGAGCCUCAACUAUCCUCGUCUGAGCCGUUUGAUAUUCACUCGAAGCUGGUGGCUAUAUAGGAGCUUAAAGUAUCCAACUCCAGUCUGAGUACAACUCCCCUAGCAUAAUCUCGUUGUACUUACAAAUUUCAACACGCCCUUUUACCAUGACGUGUAGAUUUACUUGUAGUAUUGUUCUGGUCUGAAUCUUGAUCGUGUUUUUACCUUAUGUAAACUUUACCAUUAACACAAAACAAACUUCCAGAUGGAAAUUUACUCAGAACAGCUUGUCUAAGCUACAUGUCACAUCCUUUAUGUCGUGAAUUUGCAGCAGAGCUUGCCAUUUUGAAAAGGGCGUGGAAGAUAAUUGGAAAUUUAAAGGAACCCUUUUACAUGAAGGCUAGAAAUCACCACAUCCCUGCUACAUCAUACAUAUAGUCUUUAGUUUCUAAAAGAUUAAAUAUGCACUAACCUGUUAAUAGAUUUUACACAAGAUCCCAGGGUCUCCUGAUUUAUAUAGGUACAAGUAU